ACGGCGUAGCCGUCAGUCUCCUCGCGUCGGCGUCCCAGAGAGCACGCCGCGUCGCGAACUCCGAACGAAAAUUUAAUACGAAAGUAAACAAAUAAAAUGUGAUUAGAAACUUUGGUUAUAACAUGAUAGCAAGUGAUCUGGCUACUGUUGAAGGUACAUCGCAUUGUCAAAGAUGAAAGCGUGGAGUGCACACGAGCAGGACACAUCGCUGUCAUGCUGUCGGACGCUGCACGUCAAACACGCUGCCUACGCUAGUGCCCUCUAUACUUUGAAUAUAUCAAUACUAGUGGUGCUGUUGUACAGUUGGAGAAUUGGUGUCAAUGCUAAGAGGUAUAAGGAACUGGACGAUGUUUAUUAUGGUGUACAGAUAGCAUAUUUUGCGAUAAUAGGAACACAAAUGUUCAUGAUCGUACUCAGCAUAUUCCUGUUUUAUGGGAUUUAUAAAGAAAACGUGGCAUUCUUAGUGCCGUGGGUCGUCGGGUGUAUGACCUUCAUGGCGCUCGAAGCAAUGGCCAUGGUGUACUCCAAUAUUCUUAGAGAUCAUGUUAACAAGCAAUUUGACUCAAUGUGCAAAGCUGAAAUAUCAUUCUUAAUACCACGGAUACUAUUAAAUUGUCUAUGCAUAUGGUGUGUCCUACGACUAUACCACCUCCUCCGAGCCGGCGUCACAUGGAAGGGCGCAGCCCCCAUCGAGCUGUGACUACUACCGCCCCUCCAGCCCUCGGAGCCCCAGCCCCGGCACUCGCUACCAUGCGAGUCCACGCUCCUCUUAGGAGGGGCAGAAAGUGACACCGAUGCUAGCCUUCAUGAACUAUGACGUGAAAAACCGUCACUAUUAACUAGGGUUUAAGGUUCAGUUUUGUUUGUUAUGAAAGCUGUUUGACACGUCAACGAAUUUGGUUUUGGUGUGAUAACAAAAUUGUAGUACCACUCUCUGUUAUUAAUGUAGUGUUCUAGUUAUACGUAAUUGUGUUUAAUUUCUUUACGUACAAAUGAUCUCUGAUCACCGGGAACCACUUCUCGGAAUUAUUGUGUAAGGAUAUUAAAUACUUCAUACUACUUCGUUCAGGCUUUCUCUUCUAGGAAAUGCUUCAACACUUGAGUUUCUCUGUCAUUUCUAAGAUUUCAUUUUAAUUACUGCUUCUGAGGAAAAAAAAAUAUGUUUGUUUAACUUAUUACGUAUACAAUCUUUUCUGUUUCUGAGUAAAAUCUAAAGAUCUCUGUGCUAAGGACCUAGGUCCUUUGAUCCACAACCUUCGACCUACAUUUUGUACCUAUUUACAUAUCCGAUCUUUAGUAUUCUGUACAAAACCUAGAUCACUGGAACCGCAUCGAAGAUCGGGUCCAUAGAUAGCAACCGAAGGGUCCGUAACUACGGUAAUCCGUUUUUGUGUUAGUUUUUGGUCCUUAUGUAGAAUUUAGUGGAAGAUUUGGAACGAUAUUCCGUUCCAUGGUAUUAACAUUAAUAAUUAUCUGGUUCUAUCUUUAUAAACAAAGUUCUUUACUUGCAUUUGCGAAUUGGAUCACAGCUAAUAGACUGAUACCGUUUUAUGGCGAAAAGACAAUAAAAAAGUGAAGAGACCCUUCGAAGAGGCUCUUAAGCCCUCCCUUGGGCGCCAAUUAUCUAAUUCUUUUAUUUAAACUUAAUUACUUUUGCGUUUUACCAGCUAAUUGCAAAAACAACCAAAGCAUUUAUUAUUUAAAAAGGUAAUUAUGCAAAUGUAAGUGCAGCCGGUGAUUAAAGCAAUGAGAAUUUUGCAUGAACUGUGCAUUGCGUGUUCCCAGUUUCGUGAUUCGAACAAAAAAACACAAAGCUUUCCUUUAUGAGAUAUUUUUGCAAAUUACCUUUUGAAACACAAAGGGAAUUAAUUUUUCAAAUUCCGCUUUAGGUAUUAUGAGAUAAUUAAUCUGGUAAUGUGUUUUGUCUACAGAAAUAUUUUACGUAAAUGAUAAAACGGACGCCCGGGGCAAGAUAGCUGUGGCUGAAACUUGUUGUGGGUAUUCAAAAUAGUAUUAUUUUAUCACUUUUUAAUUUACGAUCUAUUAUUAUGUUUCAUACAGUCUCUGUUUUUGGCGUCCUUGCCAUUUAAGUCUACGUAAUAUCUAAGCUGUCAAAAUCAGGUAUAAUGACUAAUUAUUAUUUUUUAGCUUAUUUUAAAACAAUAGACCCGUAUUUUUUAUUUUAUUAAGGAAACAAAUACUUUGGCGAUUUAUUAACUUGAAAUACCGCGUGACGGCUCUUCUAGGAACGUUUUACACGUAGAAAUGACGUACUUGCUCCCACUCCUAAACUUUGAUUCGUUUUAUCUAAGUAUUGUUAUCUUAAAAAAUACGCGUCUAAAUAUUUUCAUUACCUAACUGACGGACUAAAUAGAUUUUUCAUUUUUACCCCGUCAUCAUCCCUGAAUGAUGAGCAUUUGUCUCUUUAGCUGUACCUGAGUGAUCAUGGUAUUUGUAAUAAAAUAGGACCCAUAACCUGUUUUCUUUUUAAUACAGUCUUAAAUCUGUUUAUACCUUUAUAUUCGCUUGACGUGUCAUUUAGCGAUUCAAUCUUCCAUGUUAUCGAGAGUACAAUAAAUAAUAAUGUUCAGUGCGUAUCAAGUUAAGAUAUCAAUUCGAUGUUUAUAACCGUUUUUGGAAAAGAGCUAUUUAUUUUGUAAUGGGUUUUUCAAGCUGGUGAUCAAAUUGAUUGAUGGAGUUAUUUGUGAAUGAGUUUUAUGUAAUUUUCAGUGGAAAACGAAGUCUGGAUAUAUUUUGUACAUUGUGUAGUCUGCUUAUGAAAACUUAUGUAUGUAACUAGUCAACCUAUUCCAGUCUGUCUUUCUUUGAUGACCUAAUUUUUUACUCUGUCAUUUUGUUAUAAAAUUGAAAAUCUAUUGAAGAUAUUUGUCGAAUUUGAGUAGGUCAAUAUGCUGACUUUGGUAUAAUUUUGCUAUACGUUGUUUAUUUUCGAUAUGUUUGUGCCUAAAGCAGUAAAGUAAUUAUAUUCCAAAGAAAAAUGAAAUUGAUUAUUUUUAUUGGAUAAUAGAUUGAAUACGUGUAAUUUUAUUUAUUUUCGAUCAAAACAUAUUUUAAAUACAAAACUAAAUGUUAACUUAGCGGACUGCACAUUACAAACCCUUAACGGAAUAACAUAAAACUCUACAUUAUUUUGUUAAACGUAACUCUAAACAACUGUAAAUAAAGCUUGUUCAAAAACAAUAAAGGCAAGACCAGUUAGAAAAACAACAUUUUAAACUAAGUUUAGAUCAAAGAAAAACUUUUUGUUAACGCGGUUUUGUGAACAUUGUGAAAGCCAUAGAGAACUCACAAAGCCUCCGUUGUUCGAUCAAACAAAUUAUUUGAUCUAAAAUUAUUUGUAAAUACUACAUAAAAAAACAUAUUUUGUAUAUAAAAAAUUAUGUAAAUGUAUAUUUAUAGACGCAAAGCUUGUUUUACUGCUUGUAAAUACAUAGAAAUGGAUUUUUAUUGGGCCAUGUAUAGCCUUUAAGUGUAAACGCUGUAUAAAAAUAGACAAAUGAAUAAAAUAAUAAAAAAAUACGUUACAAUGAAAUUCCGAUAUUAUAAACGUCUAAUAAAUUGAAUGUUGAAACUGU